AGGGAUCAGUUGUUGGACUGGGGAGAAGCGAGUAUAAAAGGCCCUCCGUGAAAGCAGCCAUCACAGAGCCCACUCAUGCAUGGCAGGAUGGCUUCUCAUCGCCUGCUGCUCCUCUGCCUUGCAGGACUGGUGUUUGUGUCUAAGGCUACCCCAACGGGCACUGGUCAAUCCAAGUGUCCCCUGAUGGUCAAAGUCCUAGAUGCUGUUCAAGGCAGUCCUGCAGUCAAUGUGGCCGUGAGAGUGUUCAAAAAGGCUGCUGAUGAGACCUGGGAACCAUUCGCCUCUGGGAAAACCAGUGAAUUUGGAGAGCUCCAUGGGCUCACAACUGAUGAAAAAUUUGUAGAAGGGAUCUACAAAGUGGAAUUAGAUACCAAAUCCUACUGGAAGGCAGUUGGUAUUUCCCCAUUCCAUGAAUAUGUAGAAGUGGUGUUCACAGCCAACGACUCUGGCAAGCGCCGCUACACCAUUGCUGCCCUUCUCAGCCCUUACUCUUACUCCACCACGGCCCUUGUUAGUGACCCCAAGGAAUGAAGGGCUCCUGCAGUGGGCUUGGGGGGUGCGGGGGAUAUUUCAUGUACCCAAUAGUAUUCCAUUUUUAUUAAAACAGGAUUUUCACUUUAUAAGCUAUUUUAGAAACUUGGGCAGAGACAAUAAAACAUUCCUAUUAAAGCACUAUAUUUCAUUGGAA